CAUUGCGGGCCCCGGAACCAGGGAGCGACAAGGGGGGUCGACUUGUUCCUCGACACAGCGAGCUAAUUUUCUGUCAUUUCAUCUAAAAAAUAACGAUAAAGUAACCGGAUAGCGGCGUUUUGGAUGUUUCUGUAAGGUGCUUUCUGUCUCUGAGAUCCAGCAGUGCAGCAAGUUGCCAUGGCGUCUCCAGGAGGACAAGGAGGAGGAGCUCUGUCGACAAGAGGAGGCAGCGGGGCCCGGAGGAUGAAGUGGGCUCUGGAGCUGAGCUUGGGCAACACAAGGAGUCGUAGUGACCGGCAGGGCGGUCAGGGAGACGUCGUUUACCCCAUCGGCUACUCUGAGAAACCCGUCCCCGACACCAGCAUCCAGGAGACAGACAAGAACCUGGUGGAGAAGCGUUGCUGGGACGUGGCCCUUGGGCCCCUGAAACAGAUCCCCAUGAACCUGUUCAUCAUGUACAUGUCGGGCAACACCAUCUCCAUCUUCCCCAUUAUGAUGGUCUGCAUGAUGGCCUGGAGGCCCAUACAGGCUCUCAUGUCCAUGUCUGCCACCUUCAAGCUGUUGGAGAGCUCCAGUCAGCAGUGGCUUCAGGGCCUCGUGUACCUGAUAGGUAACCUCCUGGGCUCAGCGUUGGCCAUCUACAAAUGCCAGUCGAUGGGACUGCUCCCAACACACUCGUCUGAUUGGCUGGCUUUCAUAGAACCGCCUCAGAGGAUGGAGAUAAUGGGCGGAGGGAUGGUGUUGUGAGGAGCACGGACGGUGAACGUAAAGGAUUCAGACAUUUACAGAGGUUUAAAUGCUGUCCAUUCUCCACCUGCACCACACAGCCUCACUACCGGUCACAGCUGAGGUGGAAUGAAAUUUUGCCAGCUGUCUAUCUCUUGUCCAAAACAGAUUCAGCCUCUACAGCGACAGUCACAACAGGCAAGAUGUUUGUUAAAUCAGCAGCGGGAUGUGCGGUGCAGCUUUAAGCCAAGGCCUUGUCUGCCACACACACACACAUACACACACACACACACACACACACACACACACACACACACACACACACACAUUCAUAUUACUUAGGCCUGCUGCUCUGCCUCAUGUCUUGAGCUCUGCUGUCCCCCAUUCCUCUUUUUUAUGCUCUAAAUAAAGAUUUCACAGCCAGCAGAUCAUCAUGUUGGCUUCUGUUGAAUUACUGUAAUUUACUUCACAUUUACAGGCUCACAAUAAGAAAUUAUUUAUGAGGUUGUCUUACAGAAUACAUAAUUAUAUACAGGUUUUUUUUUUGGGGGGGGGGGGGGGGGCUAACAUCAUUAAUAACAGAACUUUAGCUAUAGCUCCUGAAAGUCUGUUAAGUGAUUUAAUUUUGUCAAGCAAGUCUUAUUACCUUUAUCGUUUUCUUCACUUUUCCUUUCUUCAUUUUCUUUUUGUUUCUCAGUUUGUAGUGAAACACUUCAUUGUGUUAACAGGAUUACAGCAUGCUAGCCAGCCACAUUGACUAACCUGUUUAACUUAUAGGUCUGUUUAAUUUAUACUGAUUUGCUCUAUGAAGAUGUUCUAUGAAAUAAAUCCUUAUUGGUUGAAGUAAAAUGUUUUCAGCUGUGUGAAUAAAUGUGUUGGAUGAA